AUGGUGUCAAGACCAACACUUUUAAACAUGAAAUGGGCAUUCAUAAUGUUAAUAAUCAUAGCUGCAAAUGGUGAUCCUCCUGAAGAACCUGUUAAGUGUUCAAAUAAUCUCAAAGAUUGCAUCAUCACAAACUCUUAUGGUGCAUUCCCUGACCGUAGCAUUUGUCGUGCAGCUGAGGUCGUCUACCCUUCAUCCGAAGAAGACCUUGUGUCAAUAGUUGCAAAUGCUACUCAGGUGAACAGAAAGAUGAAAGUAGCCACUCGUUACUCACAUAGCAUACCAAAGUUGGUUUCUCCAGAUGGAGAUGAUGGACUCAUUAUUAGUACAAAAAAUCUUGACCGUGUUAUGGAAAUCGAUCUAGACAAAAGGCUUGUCACCUGCCAGAGUGGUGUAACAUUGGGGCAACUCAUUAGUGAAGCUGCAAAAAGUGGGUUGGCUUUGCCUUAUACUCCAUAUUGGUUGGGUUUGACGAUUGGUGGUCUUUUAGGUACGGGUGCACACGGUAGCACCCUUUGGGGUAAAGGUAGCGCAAUCCAUAAUUAUGUGGUUCAGGUCAGGAUAGUCACUCCCGGUCCACCUGAAGAAGGUUAUGUUAAAGUGCGGUCUUUAGGAGAAAAUGGUUCACUUGAUGAAGAAAUGAAUGCAGCUAAAGUUUCCCUAGGAGUACUUGGAGUCAUAUCUCAGGUAACUUUAAGGUUGCAGCCAAUAUUUAAGAGAUCAGUUACCUUCAUAACUAAAAAUGACACAGACUUAUCAGAUCAAGCAGCCACCUUUGGGAAACAACAUGAGUUUGCUGACAUGACAUGGUACCCAAGUCAAAAACGAGUUGUUUAUCGGAUUGAUAAUCGAGUUUCCUCCAAUAUCUCAGGAAAUGGUCUCUGGAAUCACCCCGGAUUUCGUGCUCUGCCUUCACUUGCACUCUCUAUUUUAAGAUCUAUAGAGGAAGAUCAAGAGGCAAAAGGUGAUGUAGCUGGAAAAUGCAUCGUUGGAAAGCUUACGGCAAUCAGUCUAAUAAAGGCUGCAUAUGGGCUAACAAAUGAUGGUAUUAUCUUUAAGGGAUACCCUGUAGUUGGAUAUCAAAAUCGACUUCAAGCAUCAGGAGAUUGCCUUAAAGGCCCAAAAGAUGCUGAAAUCACCAUGUGUCCAUGGGAUCCUCGGGUUAAGGGUUUAUUCUUCCACCAAAUGAGCAUAAGCAUUGUCCUUUCAAAAGCUAAAUAUUUCAUUCAAGAUAUACAGAAACUUGUAAGUAUAGCGCCACAAUCAUUGUGUGGUCUAGAUCAGUAUAAUGGUAUCCUGAUGAGAUAUGUUACAGGCUCAAAUGCAUACUUGGGUAAACAAGAAGACUCGUUGGAUUUUGACAUCACUUAUUACAGAAGUAAAGAUCCAAAACGUCCAAGACUUUUCGAGGAUGUGCUUGAAGAGAUUGAGCAAAUGGCAGUGUUUAAAUACGGUGGCUUGCCACAUUGGGGGAAGAAUCGUAAUGUGGCAUUUGAAGGGGUGUUCAAGAAGUACAAGAAAGGUAGAGAGUUUUUGAAGGUGAAAGAUAAGUAUGACCCUUCCGGGUUGUUCUCUAGUGAGUGGACUGAUCAAGUUUUAGGACUAAGAAAUGGUCUGACCACGGCUAAGGAAGGUUGUGCUCUUGAGGGCCUGUGUGUGUGCUCGGAUGACAUUCAUUGCGCACCUCAAAAAGGUUAUAUGUGCAAACCGGGGAAAGUUUUUAAGGAUGCAAGGGUCUGUAGUUUCUUUAAUGCCGGUAACCAAAUCUCGGAUGGUAGUAAAGAAGAAUUAUAACCUAUCAAAUUUAGUCAAAAACACAUUGUUCUGUGAUUUAUUCUCUGAUUCUUUAACCAACAAGUCUAGCUUUUUCUUUAUGGAGACCCAGAUAUUAAUAUGGUUUAUGCCAAUCGUUUCCUUUUGUAAAGGCUGGGCUGCAGUGGUCACUAUAAAAUGGUAUUUCGCGGUCAUGUGAUGAGAUUUGAA